AUGAAGACUUACAUGUGGUCCAGCAUUUCGGCUAUGACAGCCUUGGCCAUGGCACUCAGCGUAUCGUCCUCGCCAGCCUACCUGGCUGAACGCGACGACAGCGCCAGCAACGUGACCACCAUUGCAGUUAGCAGCAAUGUGGACAAGUACACGCUUCCAGAUGGCUCGAUCGAUCUUGCCUCGCUGAUUGAAGACUCCGCCGUGACCCCGAUCGAGGUCCCAGUGACUGCGACCGCGCCUACCUUCCUCAGCAUCCCUACUGCCGCACUUAUUGCCAGUGCCGCAGCCGACGUUGACAUCGCCUACACCACCACCGUCCCUGCUGACCCCGUGCCGACCUCUGCCGUGUCCAAGCGUGCUGUUCCUGCUGGAACCAAAGGUCAAGGCGGUGUCGUCGCUGCUUGGGAUGCCGAUGUUUGCGUGGGUACCACUCCCGGCGCUGGCCCCGUCCUGACCCCCGACACUCCCGAGAACUUCAGCAACAACAAUUGGCUCAACCAGGCCUUCGGCCAGAGCGCUGCUGCUGCCUCUCCUUCCGGUUACUUCAAGGCAUUUGGACCAGGCUACCAGGCUAUCCGUGCUACCUCGGCGACUGCCAGUCUUGGUAUCAUCGGCACUUACUCGUCGUACAACCCUGCCGCCUGCGCCCAGGAGUGCGACAAGCGUUCCAACUGCCGAGCAAUCGCUUUCUGGAUGUCUCACGAUACUGACAUCAACUACUACAGCUCGCAGGCAAGUGCGAACGAUUGGUGGCACCGUUGCAACAACCCUCCCACUAGCCGCACCAAUUACGUUUGCGGCCUGUACAGUGCUCGUCCCACCAAGACGAUGGCCACUGACGCCGGUCAAUUCAAGGGACCCAUCUUCAAGACUGCCCACGCCGCCCUUAACGUGUACUACAAGAGCGACACAGUAGUGCCCGUCAGUGGUUACACCACACAGGUCAACCAGGACGGUAUCAUCGACAACGCCAACACUCACCAGUACCUGAUUGACAUUAUCUCGCCCAACAACAAUCCUCAGGCUUCUGGAUACGUCCCCGAUCUUUGCGCCGCUAACUGCAACGGACGCGACGACUGCGCUGGCUUCGAUUCAACGGCUAUGUACAAAGACGGCUCGUUCGUUGGAACGCUCUGCAACCUGUACAGCAGGACGUUUGACAUCUCGUCGCAACCUGCCAAAGGUGGUCAAUACACCUCUUCAGGAUACGUAUCAACUCAGCCUGCCAUCUUCUACACCAAGGAGACGCCCGCCUAA